AUGCUGGCGAUGUUCGGUUUGGGGGCCGGACUCGGUAUGCAGAUGGCCUUUUUGGCUGUACAGACAGUACUUCAGCCCCUUGGCACAUCCCUGUUCAUCCUUGCGCCGACAUUUGGUGGUGCUAUCUCCCUUGCGACGGAACAGGUUUUCUUUCAAAGCAAACUACUGGAAGAGUUGAAGAUGAAAGCCCUGGAAGUCAGCGCUGAAGCCGUCGUUGCACACGGUGCUGUCCGGAUGAAGGAUGUAGUCAUGGAAGAAUGUGGUUCGGAGACUACAAGGAUGGUUCUCGAGGCAUACAACACGGGACUUUGCGAAUGCUUCCUGGUGCGUAUCAUCUUAUGCUGCUUGACCAUUGUUGAUGCCUUCGGAACAGAAUGGAAGAGCGUCAAUUUCAACAAGUAG